AGGCAUGUUUUAUUUGACCCUCAAAAUAUAGUUCAUCACGCCAUGAAAAUAUCGUUUUCCUUCGUUAAAUUCAUGGAAAACUCUUAGGAAGUUCCAUCAAAAAAUCCCAAACGCAAACUCCAAUUCUGGCAAUCCUCAUAAUGUCAUCCGAUACGAAACAAAUGAAGUUGCAGACGCAACUCUGCAGCACAAUGCCAAGCCCUUCAAUAAUCUCCCGCUCUUCGUCCUACCCGCAGUUCACAAAGACAUGGCCUUCGAAGUGCACUCUCCCCGAAAACCUCCCUCCGGUCAACCACUCUGCAUGCUCAGCUCCACCGUCGAAGUUCACUUCUGCCAAGCUCUCCUUGGGCACGAAGAUCAGAAAACUCAUCAGGCGGAGGGGGAAUUCGAACUUGACAGAGCAAAGCCUCCAGGCUCACAAUAACGCGCACGUUGAGGGAGAUGCGAUCAAGCUUCACAAGAGAGUAGAGCAAGUUAGUCUUCAAGACUAUUAUAAAGCUGAGGAGGAGAGAAGCUCAAAGUAUAGUCCCUAUUACAUUAGGGGACUCACGUACCCGGCCUUCGUUGUCCCUAAGCAUCCAAGUAAUACUCCGGGGCGCGAAAGCCAUACUUCUCAUCGUUCUUGGAACUCAUUCUCCACCUUCUUUUCGGGGUUCAAAAUGCGAGAGUGGAGCUCUUGCAUUGGUUCGAAAAGAGAGGAUUACGACAAGCUUAGGCCGGAUAUGUACACUGCGAUAAAACCCCCCAAACCACCUUUAAUUAACUCCUCAUCAUCGACAAUUACAGAGAUUUCUUUGUUGGAGAGCAAAGAGAGGAAGGAGGUUGGGAGGAGUAGCAAUGAAUCUAACAAAAAGAAGCCCUUGAGAGAGAGAGUGAGAACAGGAGCAGCAACAGCUGCUGCUUCGGCUACGCCGAGAAAUGAUCAAAUUAAGGUGACGAGUGUCGCUGAGAAGGAAUAUGCGUGGGCAGACAAGUACCAGCCUCUGUGCUUAGAAGAUUUCAUAUGCAAUAGAGACAAAGCAAUUCAACUGCAGGCUUUGGCCAAACAAGGAGGAUGUGGACAUUUCAUAUUUGAAGGACCGCCGGGAGUGGGGAAGAGAACGAUGAUCUGGGCUAUGCUUCGAGAGGCUUUUGGACGCGACACAAUAAACGCCACAGAAGAGUUCAAGGCAUUCAACCUCAAGGGGGAAAUGGUAGGUAGCAUAGAAGUACAUGUAAAGCAAUCCCCUCAACAUGUAGAAGUGAAUCUCUCUGAACUGAAGGGCUACGAGAAGCAUGUCAUUGUGGAACUCAUGAGAGAGACACAGGACAAUAUGCUGAACAAGUCUCUGCCAUGCAGCCUUGACAACUGUCGAGCAAUAAUCUUAUACGAGGCAGACAAGCUGUCGACCGAUGCCCUACUGUAUAUAAAGUGGCUUUUAGAAAGGUAUAAAGGGUGUAAUAAGGUCUUCUUCUGCUGCUCUGAUAUCUCAAAGCUUCAGGCAAUCAAAUCGCUUUGCACCAUCGUUGAGCUUUUACCUCCUUCCAAGAAUGAGAUUGUUGAAGUUUUAAAAUUCAUAUCUAAAAAAGAAGGCAUAGAUUUGCCACAUGAACUGGCUGAAAGGUUUGCCCAAAAUUCGAAUAAUAGUCUCCGUCAAGCCAUUCGUUCAUUCGAGGCUACUUGGAAGAAAAGCUAUCCUUUUAAAGAAGAUCAAGUAAUUCUGACAGGUUGGGAAGAUAACAUUGCAGAUAUUGCCAAGAAUAUGAUUGAAGAGCAAAGCCCAAAACAGCUAUAUAUAGUCCGCGGAAAGCUUCAAAAUCUUAUAGUUCAUUGCGUUUGUCCGGAAUUCAUUUUCAAAUCCCUAGUAGCACAGCUGAAGAAGUAUGUGGACGACAGCCUGCAGGAUCGAGUUGAGAGCAUGUACGACGAAUACAACAGGAACGACGAAAAUAUGUUUGAGAGUGGCAAAGCACUGGCACUCAGUCGGCACGAUCAUGAGGAAACGGGUAAAAGGCUCACUGAUCAAUCCAGAAAGCAUAUUCAGCAGUUCUUGAGAAUUGAAGAGUUUAUAGCCAAGUUCAUGAGCUGCUACAAGGGUUGCACGUAUACCAGGUCUUUGCCCGUUGGCGAUCCAACAUAAGAAGGCGUCUUAUCGGUCAGCCAAACUCCUCCUGAAGGAAUUACACACCCUAGAAUUUCCUUUGGGGGAGCUUUUUUCUUGUUAUAUAUGAUCUUAGUACUGCUGGUGCAGCAGUAGCUGGAAACCAUUGGCUUCCUUAUAAACUUUUUUGCUGAUUGGCUUUCUUGUAAACUUAAGAUCUUGGUUUAAACUACUCACUUAUGGAGUAGUGUGGAAAUUAAUAAGGUGUGAUAUGACAAACCUGUUUGUCAAUAACAUUUUGAUGGCACAAAUACUUUAUUAAGCAGUGCAUAUUAUUACAAGGUAAAAGUUAAGGCUAAGAAGGAAUGUUGUAAAGCCUUAUAUAUACAAAACUAUGAAAGGUAUAAAAUAGCGAAGAAGGUGGCGAAGAAAGUCGUGAGAGAAGUGAAGCUAGCAGCUUUUUUGACGAUAUGUAUAAGCGGUUGGAUACCAAAAAAGGAGAGUUGGAUAUCUAUAUAUAAACUAGCUAGAGCUAGAGAAAGGAAGACGUACAAGAGACUGAACCAAGUAAGGUGCAUCAAGAAUG